AUGGCUUCGGAGCUAUUCAACCAAGCGGCCCAGGGCGCAGACCCUGCCUCGUCUGACCAGCCCGUCGUCAACCUCCAAGUAGUGUCGCCGUCCGUGGGCGUGAAUCGCCCUUUGCUCUUCCCUGGACUUGCGGCCGCCACAACCAUCAAGCAGCUCAAGGAGAAGAUCCGACAGACUCUCCCUUUGCGGCCGUCUGACGAGAACCAACGGCUCAUCUACCGUGGCCGAGCGCUUUUGCGCGAGACUGAUAGUCUACAAGAUGUGUUCGGUGCAGACGCUGUGAGUUGGCUUUUUCUUUCAUCCGAUUUGCUUGCCAAGCAAGAAAGCGCUAACACAACCGUCACCUUGCAGGUUCGAAGCCCCGAUCAGCAGACAAUUCAUCUUGUCAUAAGAGAUGCUUCCGAUAGCGUAUCCUCAACGCCAUCUUUCUUGUCUGGAACCCAGAGCCCGGCUUUAGGAAACCAGCCUCCCAACCUCCAGCGACAGACGCCUCCGCAUGCUGCUUUUAUGGGACCCCCUCCUCCGCCUGGAAUGGCAAGAAGAUCAGUGCUGCAGCCGACCCCUAAUGCUGCUCUGUCUCAACCUCGGAUGCCAUCCCCCGCUCGCUCGCACUCUCCGGCUCAUACUCCUGAACAGGCAGCGGCUUUUCAGCAGCAGCAUCAGAGUAUGACGCAAUGGUUGACCCAGAUCCAGAGAGAAGCCAUGGCUCGAAUGGUCAACCAGAACCAGCGUGGCAGAGCGUACAUGGGCAUGCGCGGCGUUGGCGACACCGCUGGUGCGAACCACGGGGGGUACACUUCAGAGUCGAACAGUGGAAGGGCAAGCCCGGCCCCGACGCAUACAAUCUACCGCGAGACCAUUGGACCCAACGGCCACAGCUAUCAUGUAGAGACUGUUGUUCGAAAUGCAGCGGGCGGCCCGUCAGCGGCUUCGGCGCCACCCCACGGCGCACUGACUCCUACUGAUGUUCAUGGCAUUCUGCGAGGGGCGGAUGCGAACCAGACUCCCAUGUCCAUGGCAAACGCACUGCACCAAAGCGGCUUGCGCCGAAGUGCAUCUAGUGCCUCGCUUCACAAUCGUCCAUUCACCCAACCGGGGAUUACUACUUCAGUCUUUGCCAACAGUGGCUCCCGAGCUAGCAGUGGUCGAGCCACGCCCGAUUUAGGGCUGAGAUCGGUUUCUGGCCCGUUCAAUGCCGCCUCCAUGUCGGCACCCUCACUUGUCCCGUCUCAAUCGCGGCAAGGUGUCGAGGUGUACAUCCUCUCCUCUCCAGAGGGUCCCCGCGCCCUCGUUUUCAACGGUGCUGUGGCUGAGGCCUACUAUACGCCUAGGAUGUAUUUACCACCCGGUCACCAUCAACAGCUCCGAACCAGGGCUAGCUACCCAAGCGUGAUCCACGCGAUGCAGGCGCAAAGCAGAGAUGAUGCUGCUCACCAAACACCCCGGGUCGACGUAAGGCAGCCUGCUCAAAACUACCAAGCUCCAGCACCGCAGCAACAGCAACAGCAACAGCAACAGCAACAGCAACAGCAACAACAGCAACAGCAACGGCUAGAUGACCUACCGCCUCGCAUAAUUCGCCUGCACAUUGGCAACCCUCGUGCAGGUUUGCCCAAUCUGCUGGUACAGGCGGCUCCUCAUAUCUGGCUCAUAGUUCGUCUUGCCUUGUUUGUGUGGUUCUUCAUGUCUCCCAACGCCUCCUGGUCGAGAUGGUUGACCAUAAUCGCUCUCGCCUUUUUCGUAUUCAUUCUCAGCACUGGAUUGUUGGCUGGUGUUGCUGAACAGGCUUGGCGCCCACUGGGACGGCAUCUUGAAAAUGUAUUCCCUGCAGUAGACCCGGCUCAUCUUGGACAAAGAGGAGUUGCAGGCCGUGAUGGCGCCCCUGGAGCAGAUCAGAAUGGAAGCCCCAACCCGGCCCAGAUGGCCGCGAGGCUGGUUGCCGAGCGUCGUGGCCAAGAAUCUUGGCUCGCAGGACAGCUGAGACGGCUGGAGCGAGCUGGUCUCCUGUUCCUUGCCAGUAUUGCGCCCGGCGUUGCAGAACGCCACAUUGCAAAUCUGGAAGCAGAAGCAAGAGCCCAAGAAGCUCGACGCAGAGAGGCCGAGGCGGCGGCGGCAGCGGCAGCAGCUGAAGCGGCCGCCGCAGAGAGCAAUGCAAAUCACGAUGGAGAGACUGCGACUGAGGCGGAGGGGGAUGAGAUGUCACAGCAAGAUGGACAAAACAGCCACGAGGGGAUGGAGAGAGACAAAGCCGUUCGAGAGCAAGUCUCUGCCGUGUAA